AUGAUUAGCGAGGGUACUGCAGAAGGCAUUGGUUCCGCCAUGGCAACAGGUGGAAGUCAAACCUCGACUACCAAAGCCUUGCUGGUCUUCAUUCAUGUUCCCAAAGUCUUGCGGGUUUACAUUGACAAGCAGGAGGCCAACAAGAAGAUCGUCGACAAGAUGGAAUCCUCGGACGAUUCCAUUUUGGAGGAAACAACGGACAAAUCAGGCCACAAAAAGAAUUCAUCGUCCAUUGCUGCUGCGGCCAAUAAUAAUAAUAACAACAAGCCAAGCCACAAGAAGGCGUCGUCAUCCUUGAUCACGGCUUCCAAACCAGGCCACCGCAAGUCCAAUUCCAUAUCGAGAGGACACCGCAAGACGGACUCCUUUGCGUCCACCCGCAACGAAAUCCCCAUUUUGCCACUGGACGACUUGCCAUUGGACAAUUAUAAUAAUAACAACAACAAUAAUAAUGGUACCACCACGAGUACCACCCGGACGGUUCACACGGACAAUACCACGGAUGCCACGGAAAAGAUCUUACCAAGGAGCCGAGCCCCGAGCAUUGAUGAAACGGUUACAGACUCUGAAAUUGUUCCCGGGCAGCAUGCCAUUGGUUAUGUCGAGUCGGAAGAUAUUGAUAAAUCUACGAAACAGGCCGUCAUUGAACACAUUGUGACGGCUGAAGAAAUGGCGGCAGUCGUCAGUCUAGAAUUGGAAGAUGCCAAGGAAGAAGGAGCCGUAUGGGAUGCUGCCCCUUUGGAAGAAGAGGAAAUCAAAAAGGAAGUGGCAUCACCAUCUGCCGAACCCGCAUCUCUCAAAUCAGCCAUGAACAAGUUUUUUGGUAUCGUUACCAACAAGGACGAUGAAGUCAUGUCACGUCUCAAUCGAGAAGAAGUCAUUCAAAUCGUCAAGGCCCAGACGUCUGUGGCCAUUUUGCCAGAACCCGAACCAGCCAAGGGACCAGCGCCGAAUACGGAAAUCAAAAUGCAAGCCUUACUGCAACUGACUUGUAAAAAUCUCUUCAAGGAAGGGUGUUUCUUUACAGCUCCCGUCACGAUUGAUAUUACCAAGGGUGAGGGAAUAGCAUGGACACAAUUUACCAUCAUGUGCAAACCCAACAGUAUCGAUUUGGUGCUCGAGCGCCUCGAGAGAAUUGGUGUGGGAAGCAGUGUCGGCAUGAUUUCCGUUUACAAGUCGGAACUCUUAAAGACGGCAGACUCGCCGGACGAGACGGCCAUUAAAAAGGAGGUGGAGGAAGAAAAUAAAAAGGAAGCCAUGAAGCGUGGCAUCAAGGGAAGAUUGGAUGACGUCAAGUUGGAAGAAGUCAAGCAAGAAUGGAAGAAUGCGGCCAGUCGGAUGCGAGUGGAACAAAUUAAGGAGCAAAUUCAUGAACAAGCGGGAAUGACCUUUGACUUUUUGGCGCUCUUGCUCGUUGCCAGUAUUCUGGCUGGCGUUGGUCUUAUUACCAAUUCCACCGUGGUGAUUGUCGCUAGUAUGUUGGUGUCGCCCAUUAUGGGUCCCGUCAUGGGGAUUACCUUUGGGAGUCGGGUCUUGGACUGGAAGUUGGCACGAGAAUCGGCGGCAGUGGAAUUGGGGGCACUCGCGAUUGCCGUCUUGACGGGGGCAGUGGUGGGAUUUGCCGCGGCCUUUUCCCAGUAUGCCGAUGAAUGGCCUACACCUGAAAUGGGGUCUCGUGGGGAUGUCAGCGGAUUAAUCACGGGUAUUGCCAUUGCUAUUCCAAGUGGAAUGGGAGUUGCCUUGUCCAUCUUGGGAAACAACACUGCUUCUUUGGUUGGAGUUGCUAUUUCGGCUUCCUUGCUUCCUCCUGCUGUAAAUGCUGGAAUUUGUUGGGCAUUCGCCAUACUCAUUAGUGCAGGAGCAGUCGACGACAACGGCGAAGAUUUUGUCACGAUUGGUGCUAUCUCAUUUGUGCUUACGUUGGUCAAUAUUUUGUGCAUUUGGGUCUUUGGAAUUGUCAUGUUCACCAUCAAGGAGGUGACACCGUCCGUGAAGAAGAGCGCAUUUUGGGCACGGGAUAUCAAAGUGGCAAGAGCAACGCAAAAACAUGGACCUCCGAAGAAGGAAGUUGACCUUGAUACAAUCAAAGCUGGUUUGCAAGAAGCAUUGGAGCAGAAACGAAAUGAAGCGAACAAAGUGACUGGACCUGCAACUAAAAACUUGCGACGACGACGUCGCCAUCGCAGCCAUCGGCCUCGUGAUUUCUCCUUUAGUCUGAUUGAAGACGACGACGAAGAAGACGACGAGGUGGACCUUUUGGAAUUUUUUAUGAUGGGGUUAAAUCCAGUUAUGGAAGACACUGCAGGAAUGGAUCCAAAAGACAGAGCUGCCUACUUGGGAUUCCGGUCUUCACUCCAAGAUUUUGCAGUGGAGGAAGAGGUUGCCCCAGUGGUUCCAGAGAGACCAGCAUGGCUGUCUUUCUUGGGCAGGUAA